ACAGCCACUUUGAAGACCAGAAACACACGCUGACACCCCCAUGGAAACACGUCUGCUACCCUGCCACUCUCUCUCCCAUUCACAACAUUGAUUACUUGAUCUGUUCUGCUCUUCCACCUGCCCGUGUACAGCCUGUGAGCUGAAUGACUCACACAAAUGAAGGACAUAAUGAGAGGAGUGAAGAAAAAAAGGCAUGACAAUGUGACGCUGAUAAGAUGCAGUGACGCUGUACUGCUGACCCUUUCUCCACCAUCAGCUGAGACACUUGGGGUUCCCUAGAACCACGAUACCAUUGCCUGCAGGGACUGAUAGCUGGAUCCCAGGAAAUAAAAGUCUGGACAAUGCACUGCCAAGAAUCCAAUGGUGUGUUCUGAGUGGCGUAAAGCUCGUUCGCGGGCGGCAGCGCAGAGCAGGAGGGAGCAGGAGGGGGGAUUGUUUGGGGAGCUGCUGAGGAGGCUCCCCCUGCCCCCGACGGUCCUCGCUCAUUUGGACAAGGCCUCUGUCAUCAGGCUCACACUCAGCUACCUGCGUCUGCGCGCCCUGCUGGGCACUCCUGACUGUGCGCUGAACACCACUCACUGCACACUGGAGCGGUCCCACCCUGCAACUCUACAGAGCGACACUGCUGUACAAGGGUGUGAGUUUGAUGGGAUGUCCCGUGUGAAGAUGAUGCUGGAUGCGGCCUUCGAGGGCUUCUUGCUGCUGCUAUCCAGGGAUGGGAAAGUAAUCUACACCACAGAGGCAAUCAGCAUGUACGCAGGCAUUAAACAGGUGGAUCUGAUUGGGCAGAGUUUGUAUGACUUCAUGCACCCAUGUGACCAGCAAGAGGCCCGUGAAAUCCUGUCCAGCAAAUCAGAUGUGGAAGAUUGUCAGAAGUGUGACCUUUUCUUCCGGAUGAGGAGCACUCAGAGACGAAACCUCAACCUGAAUUCCGCCACUUGGAAGGUGAUGCACUGUACAGGAGUGAGGAAGCCCUCUGUGCCCACUGGGCAGGGCUGCCUGGUGCUGCUAUGCCAGUCUCUCCCUGUGUCCGUGUCUAGUGCCUGGGACACCAACCUAAACUGCAGUGCAUUCCUGAGCAAACACAGCCCAGAUAUGAGAUUCACAUACUGCCAGCCCAGUGUAAAGAGGCCUUCUCCCACCUCCCUCUCUGACCACUGGUGCUGGGUUCCCUUCAGAGUGUUCCAGCUGACCGGAUACACUGAGACAGAUCUGCUGGGUCAUUCUGUGUACCAGUACUACCACGCCUCAGACUGCCAGCAUGUCCACCAGGCCCAUCUCAGCCUGUUCUCCAAGGGACAGACAUCCACAGGAAAGUACCGUCUGCUCGUGAAACAUGGCGGCUACGUGUGGGUGGAGACUGUGGCCACGGUGGUGUACAACAGCCGUACUGGGCAACUACAGAGCGUUGUCUGUAUCAACUACAUCCUGAGUGCGGUAGAGCAGUCGGGGGUGAUGUUCUCCCUGGAGCAGAUGGAGUGUCUCCUGAAGCCCCUCUCCUGUAGUCCCAUCCCUGGGUCACCCCUACUGCUCCAGGGCGCCGCCCUACUGGGCCAGCUCAGCCAACAAGCAGCAGUCCCAGCAGAUUCCUGUGACAAUGCUACUCCAGGAGAAAGUGCCUGGGCCAGAGGGUAUGAAGGACCCCCCAGUGGCAGAAAUGAGAAUGAUGGCUUCACAUGUCAUGACACUGGUGAGAGGUCAGAGGAUGUUCCCCUGAUCGAGACGCUGCUGGAGUGGAAGAGUGAGGGCCAGGUGCAGCUGUCCCCACAGGAUCUGGAGACUCUGGCUCCAUACAUCCCGAUGGAUGGAGAAGACUUCCUCCUCUCUCCCAUUUCCGACAUGGAAGCGGUUCAGCUGGAGGGGCAGGGACUCAGCUAUGCCUUCCCCCUCACCUUCCCAAACCUGGAGAUUCAGAGCCCCACCUCUCCCAGUCACACCUGGGCACCUCUGACACCCACUAUGACCCCACAAACGCCACUGAGUUACUAUUCUCUCAGCACCUCCAACCAUGCAUGCACACUAAUGACGGAUCAUGGAGGUGAUUCUGGGCGUGGCUGCAGACUAAGGCCAGGGCAGAAGUGGCGGCCAGCACUAAAGAAAUACAGGCAUUGCCCUUCCCCGUGGCCCCCACAGCACACAGCACCCCCCUGGAAGAAGUGGAGAAUGGUGGACUCCUGCUACAGCACUAACCGCACCUCCUGCUGGUGGAGUCCCGAUGGACUUGUGUGUCGCUGUGAGUCUGUGCCAUGGGAUCCGGGGUACACUGAUUUCUCCAUUAACAGCAGAAACCGGCACCACCCUAUCAGAGACCCACACAGGACUGUGUUGGUGAGGCGUGGCUCAGUGCUGCCCGUGUUGAGUCGGUGGGAGUGUGAGGUGAACGCACCGCUCGAACCUUCCUCCUGCCUGCUUCGUGGAUCCGAAAUCCUUUCAGUCCUGGACCAGGCCAUGUCCCAGCUCCCCCCGUGAGACUGACGCACUCCGCAGUCAUACACUCACUGAGCACUUUAUGAGGUAGACCUGUACACCAGCUUGUUAAUGCAAAUAUUUAAUCAGCCAAUCAUGUGGCAGCAAAUAAAUGUAUAAAAGCAUGCAGAAAUGGUCAAGAGGUUCAGCUGUUUUUGAGUAUCUCAGAAACUGCUGAUCUCCUGGGAUUUUCAGGCACAACAGCCUCUAGUUUGCAGAGAAUGGUGUGAAAAGCAAAAAAACAUCCAGUGAGCAGCAGUUCUGUGGGCAAAAACGCGUUGUUGACGAGAGUCUAAUAAAUACCUAAUAAAGUCCUCACUACCACUCAGACCUGGUAAACCAGCGUCCUGUCUCCAGACUGCCAUCCCCACACCCACCCUCCAAGUAUUUCAUUUAAAUAAUAUCAGAGACAAUUUUUGUUCAUAAUCCACUAUACUGACCACCACUGGCUGCUAUGCAUGGAAAGGACCCUGCCCCUGGAAAUAUGAAGCCUUUGGGGAUCAGCCUACACUUCUCAUACAAUCCUACUAUACACUUCUGUGUCAUAUGCAAGCAGUACACUCCACACUGCAAGGCAAGCACCUUUAUACCAUUUAUAAGAAUACAUUCAGUUAUCAUAAUCAAAACUGCACUCAUCACAGUCAUGGCAAAUGGCGUAUUUGAGAUAUCUAUCUUGGGUGUAAAACUAUGCAAGCCUACAGAUAAUCAUAUUAAACCUGUCAGCCUGCACUUCAUUCUCACAUUUAUUGUGUACUUUAAAAUCAACCGUGCUGGGGUAGAGCCAGAACAACUGAAAUUGUGUCACUGUCCAAAUACUUAUGCACUGCAGUGUAUAUACGUAUAUAUAAUAUUUUUUUCAAUAAUCUCCGUCAUUUGAAAUAUUUUUAUUUUUAUACUAAUAACUGUAAUAAUUUAUGUGUGGCUUCAAUAUAGAUUUCGGCAUAUAUGGGUGUAUACAAUGGUAAUAAUAAAGUUCAUAACUUCAUCAAAGCGGUGAAACUUGUUUUUACAGUACCCUGCCAAAACUGUUGAUGAAUGUUUGAGAUGGCUAUUAGGUUCUGAAGAGGAAACCUUAUUCACUUGAAUAUGCUGCAUUUUUCAUUAAAGGAGUAACAUGGUGGUUGAAUGUGA